AUGGCGGCAGCGGCGGCCGGGGCCGGAGCAGGAGCGGCCCAAGAGAAGCAGUUCCCGCCGGCGCUGCUGAGCUUCUUCAUCUACAACCCGCGCUUCGGGCCGCGCGAAGGAGAGGAGGAAAAUAAAAUUUUGUUUUAUUAUCCAAAUGAAGUAGAAAAGAAUGAAAAAAUUAGAAACGUUGGAUUAUGUGAAGCUAUUGUACAGUUUACAAGGACCUUUAGUCCAUCAAAACCUGCAAAAUCUUUACAUACACAGAAGAACAGACAGUUCUUCAAUGAACCAGAAGAAAAUUUCUGGAUGGUCAUGGUUGUUCGGAAUCCUAUCAUUGAAAAGCAAAGUAAAGAUGGAAAACCAGUUGUUGAAUACCAAGAGGAGGAGUUGCUGGACAAGGUUUAUAGUUCAGUGCUCCAGCAGUGCUACAGCAUGUACAAGCUUUUUAAUGGUACAUUUCUGAGAGCCAUGGAAGAUGGAGGUGUCAAGCUCCUAAAAGAAAGAUUAGAGAAAUUCUUCCAUCGAUAUUUGCAAACGUUACAUUUGCAGUCCUGUGAUCUACUCGAUAUAUUUGGUGGGAUCAGCUUCUUCCCAUUGGAUAAAAUGACUUAUUUGAAAAUCCAGUCCUUUAUUAACAGAGUGGAAGAAAGCCUGAGUAUAGUCAAGUACACUGCCUUUCUCUAUAAUGAUCAACUCAUCUGGAGUGGAUUAGAACAAGACGACAUGAGAAUUUUAUACAAAUACCUCACCACAUCUCUGUUUCCAAGGCAUAUCGAACCUGAGUUGGCGGGAAGGGAUUCUCCAAUAAGGGCAGAAAUGCCAGGAAACCUCCAACACUAUGGAAGAUUUCUCACUGGCCCCUUGAACCUUAAUGAUCCAGAAGCAAAAUGCAGAUUCCCCAAAAUUUUUGUAAAUACAGACGACACUUACGAAGCGCUGCACUUAAUUGUUUAUAAGGCGAUGAGCGCAGCUGUGUGCUUUAUGAUUGAUGCCUCCAUUCAGCCCACACUGGAUUUCUGCCGAAGACUGGACAGCGUUGUGGGGCCCCAGCUCACAGUGCUGGCAUCUGACAUCUGUGAGCAAUUUAACAUCAACAAGAGAAUAUCUGGGUCUGAAAAAGAACCCCAGUUUAAGUUUAUCUACUUCAACCACAUGAAUUUAGCAGAAAAAAGUACAAUUCACAUGAGGAAGACACCCAGCGUGUCACUCACAUCUGUCCAUCCGGAUCUCAUGAAGAUUCUGGGUGACAUCAAUAGUGAUUUCUCAAGAGUGGACGAGGAUGAAGAAAUCAUCGUGAAAGCCAUGAGUGAUUACUGGGUUGUUGGGAAGAAGUCUGACCAGAGGGAGCUGUAUGUUAUUUUGAAUCAAAAAAAUGCAAACCUGAUUGAAGUCAAUGAAGAGGUCAAGAAGCUUUGUGCAACGCAAUUCAAUAACAUAUUCUUCUUGGACUGA